UAUGCUGACAACAUUCUACAUCAGCAAGGCUGCAGUUAGGUGCAGAGACCCCAGGCAGCCACGAUGGCUGUGGCUGUGGCCUCCUGCCCUCACGUGUCCCCUCCCUCCCCUGGGGACACUCAGGCAAUGUUUGAUGGUCCCCUAGUACUCCAUCUUGUUCACACCAGCCCCAUUGUCCCCUAGGUGUGGCAGAGAGGAGAGAUGUGGCUGCUGUUGGUGGCCCUGGGCCUGGCCCAGGUGCUGGUUGAUGCCAUUCCACACGGAGAACUGAGCCAUGAAAACCCUGAGCAGUUCAUGAACAUUAGUGAGAAGAUCCACUUCCAAGGGUACCCCAGUGAGGAGUAUGAUGUGCUGACUGACGAUGGCUAUUUCCUCAGUGUGAACCGGAUUCCCCAUGGCAGAGACAACACUGGGGACUCAGGAUCCAGGUCACCUGUGCUAAUAGUGCAUGGAUUCAGCUUAGAUGGUGGUGACUGGGUGGACAAUCUCCCUGAUAGCAGCCUGGGCUUCAUCCUGGCAGACACAGGGUAUGACGUAUGGAUUGGAAACUGCCGGGGCAACAGCUGGUCCCAACGGCACCUGAACCUCUCUGUCGACCAGGAGGAGUUUUGGGACUUCAGCUUCCAUGAGAUGGCCAUGUAUGAUGUCCCAGCCAUGGUGAAUUUCAUCCUGCAGCACACCGGGCAGGAGAAGCUUUUCUACAUUGGCCAUGCUCAGGGCAACUCUCUGGGUUUCAUAGCAUUUUCGAGCAUGCCACACCUGGCUGAGAAAAUCAAGUUGUUCUUUGCUUUGGCUCCUCUAUACACCUUUCAUCAUGUUAGAGGCCCUGUGUUAAAGCUUGCAUUUUUACCAGACACACUGUUGAAGAUAAUAUUUGGAACAAAACAACUGACCCUGGUGGGAAGAAAGGAGAGAGCCAUUCUUGCUAAGACGUGCAGCAACAUGCUAUUAUCUGAAGUCUGUGAAAAUGAGAUCUUCCUUAUUGGUGGAUACAACAAGAAGAACUUGAAUGUAAGUCGACUGGAUGUAUACCUCGCUCAUUUUCCAGACUAUACAUCAGUAAAAACUCUUCUCCACUGGGGACAGACUGCCAAAACUGGGGAGUUCAAACAGUUUGACUACGGAGAGAAGAAUCAGGAGAAGUACAACCAGACCACCCCGCCCUUCUACAGGAUAGAAGACAUGACAGUGCCGACUGCACUGUGGAGUGGUGGGCAGGACUGGGUGAACCCGCCUCCGGAGACCAGUCGCUUGCUCUUCCGUAUCACCAACAUCAUCCAUCAUGAGCACUUCCCUGACUGGAACCACUUUGACCACCACUGGGGUAAGGAUGCCCCACAGCGCAUGUACAGAGAGAUUGUCAAUUUGAUGGAUAAAAAUUCAUGAAGAGACUACAUGUUGGCCUACGGUGAAGGAUCCAUUUGUUCCCACAAUCUCAGUGACAUGAGUUCUGGGUGUGUUGUGCUGCUCUCCUCUUCCCUUUUUAAAAAUAUCUCCUACCCUAUUCUGCACCAAUUUAAUGGGUUAAAAAAUCUGUGUUUAAAUUCUGUCUGCCCUCUGUGACUAGGAAUUGCA